AUGGGUGCUCUACUAUCAAUCCCAUUGUUAGCCAUACCCAGCGUAGGCACACUCUUGACAUUCGGAGCAAGCUGUUGCGGUGCAGCUACUUGCUCAGCAGUAUGUAGUGCUUGUGGUAAAUGUGGGAAUAGCGUUGCCACUCGUAUCGCAUAUGCCCUCAUCCUCCUCGUCAACUCGAUACUAUCAUGGAUUAUGCUCACGCCAUGGGCCAUCAAGAAACUACAGCAUUUGACCCUGGAUUAUAUGGAGAUCAAGUGUCCUGAUGGGGACUGCUAUGGAUGGGUCGCAAUACACCGCAUCAACUUUGCGCUCGGCGUCUUCCACAUGAUAAUGGCCGUCCUAUUGUUAGGAGUCAACUCUUCCAAGAAUCCUCGAGCUGCCAUACAGAAUGGAUUCUGGGGCCCUAAAAUUAUCGCCUGGUUGGCUUUAAUCGUCGUCUCGUUCCUGAUACCCGAAGCGUUUUUCAUGGUCUGGGGAAACUAUAUCGCUCUUAUUGGGGCUACGCUCUUUUUACUACUCGGCCUGAUCCUCCUUGUCGACCUGGCGCAUACAUGGGCGGAGUACUGUCUUGAGCAGAUUGAUGCAACUGAUUCUCGGGCCUGGAGAGGAAUCUUGAUUGGAUCAACGCUGGGAAUGUACGCUGCUUCGUUGGCUAUGACAAUCGUCCAGUACUACUUCUUCGCCGGCCAUGACUGUUCUAUGAACCAAGCUGCUAUCUCAAUCAACUUGAUACUCCUCAUCAUUGUCUCGGCGGUCUCCGUUCAUCCUGCCAUCCAGGAGUACAACCAGAAAGCUGGCCUUGCACAAUCCGCAAUGGUCGCAGUCUACUGCACCUAUCUGACCAUGUCCGCUGUGUCUAUGGAGCCAGAUGAUAAGAACUGCAACCCUCUCAUUCGUGCGCAGGGUACAAGAACCACCUCGAUUAUCAUUGGUGCUAUUGUCACCAUGUUCACAGUCGCCUAUACCACGACCAGAGCUGCUACGCAAGGAGUUGCUCUUGGGGGCAAGGGCAAGAGCAUCAGACUGCCAGAAGAUGAUGAGCAUGACUUGGUCACCCAGCAACCAGACAGCCGCCGUGAAAUGCGCGCGGCGGCUCUCCGCCAAGCUGUUGAGGAAGGAAGUCUUCCAGCAGAUGCCCUUUUGGACGAUGACGAUGAUGAAAGCGACAGCGGUAACACCGCGAAAGACGACGAGAGAAGUUCGACACAGUACAGCUACGCACUUUUCCAUAUAAUCUUCUUCUUGGCGACUACCUGGGUCGCCACACUCCUUACCAUGAACAUUGAGGAAUCGACAAAGGACGGAAACGACUUUGCACCUGUUGGAAGGACAUACUGGGCCAGUUGGGUCAAGAUUGUUAGCGCUUGGGUUUGUUACGGUAUCUACACCUGGACCCUUGUGGCACCUAUUGUGCUUCCCGACAGAUUCGAAUAA